UGGAGGAGACGACAGCUCUCUUCAUCAUGUGCGAGGAGGUACAGGCGACCGUGCAGAAACCCACGCAGAGCCUGAGGCACAGCAAGGAGGAGCUGAACAGGCUCAACCAGGCCAUCCAGCGGCUGACUGCGGAGGUGGACAGUGCUAAGAGUCAGCCCUGUGAACUAGACAGAGGCACGGAGCCACGGGCUCUGCCGGAGGAGGGUGCCUCAGACAGCGCCCAGGGCAAGCUGGCCUGGCUGGAGGCUGCCCUGCAGAGAGCCAAGCACGACAUGGUCCGCCAGCUGCGUGAGUACCAGGAUCUCAUGAUCGUCAAGCUGGGCCUGGACUUUGAGAUUGCCACCUACCGCAAGCUGCUGGAGGGCGAGGAGAGCAGGCUUGGUCUGGGAUUCGGGGCAGGGAGCUUCUCCACUGUCUUCUCAGCGCUGGGCAACGCUUCCACUUGCGGACUCGGCUCAGCCUCGGGCCCCGCCCGCCCGCUGCCUCCCGGAGCGGAUUCCGGCGCCCUACGGACGGGCGCCCCUGGCGGCGGCUGCGCGCUCUGCGGCUCCCUCGCCUGCCUCGGCGGUUUAGGCUGCCGCGGCACCCGCGGAUGCUGAACGUUUCUGCCCAGCUGUGGAGAAGUCAAAGACCCCUAGCUCCUGCCCCCAAGGACUUGACCCUGUGCCUCAGACGCCCCCUCCUACGGAACUGGACCUCACUUCAUCUUUCCAUCAUGGUCACUCCCCAG